AUUCACGCAUGCGCAUCCAGGUACUAGUAGUAAAUGGAGGCUGUUUGAAAUGUCGACUGGAGAGUGUAACGUUAAAAUGCGAUAAUAUUACAUUUAACAUUUACCAGGUAGUUUUUUAUGUAAAAAGCGGUCACUAUGGACUGUAAUGUUGAUGGUGCUGAGGAAGUUGAGACUGAGAGAUCCUCAUCUCCAGCUGGAACACAGUCUCCUGUAAUGGACCGUAACCCAUCACCACCCCCAGAUGCAGCCGAUGGAGAGGAGGACGGAGAUUUGGACGCCAUUGGAGACACUGUUUACAGCAAGCACUGGCUUUUCAGUACCCUGACUCGUCUCAUCCAUAUGGUCAAAGAGCAUGCAGAGGUGGACUCUGAAGGUCAGAUGGAGCUCCCUGAUGACGAUGAGGAAAAUCUAUGUAGAGUCUGGGAUAUGGCAAUGGAUAAGGAUGUGGCUGGUUUUCUGCAGGAAUUUAAAGCUACAGAUAUCCUUCUUGGUGUGAUAGCCAAAUCUCGUUGUCCACGUCUCACCGAAAUUUGUGUGGGCAUCCUCGGGAACAUUGCUUGUUUUCCUGACACUUGUGUGACUCUUAGCCAAAAUGAAGACUUGGGUGAGGUGCUGUUGCUUCUUCUUGGAGAUACAGAUCCUCCUACCCUUCUGGAAACAAGCAGAUUGCUGCUGACCUGUGUCUCUCAGAAAGAUGUCUGCUCCCUGUGGCUUCAGCGGAUGCGAAAGCAGACGUCUGUGCGCACCAACCUCUUGUUCAUCAUGUGCAGUUCUACCAACACUGACCUGCUUGAGAAGACUGGAGAGCUGGUGGACAAACUGUUUGACCUUGAUGAAGAGCUGAUGAAGAGUUGGAUCACAGCUCAACCAAGUGAGGAGGAAGAGGAGGCAGAGGAUGGUGAAAGCCGUCUGGAUGUGGCCUCAUGUCUUCUUGAGGCAGCCAAGCAGCUCAGAUCAGAGAGUCCAAAUGGCUUAGAGGUUUACCUUCAUGCCCUCCAGCUCCUCACCACUGUAGAUGAGGGCAUUCAGACUUUUGCUGCCCCUGAUGGACCCGGGAAAGCAGUGUGGGACUUUGUCUGUGACGUUUUGUGCGAGGACCUCUGCCAGCCAACAGAUCUUCCAGUUGUCCUGCAGGAGCAGAAGAGUAUUUUGGUUCAGGCCUUUGCUGUGCUGCAGGCUCUUUAUAGAUGCCAGGAUCAGUGGAGCAGCAAAAGUGACACAAGUGUUCCCCUGAUUGGAACCAUUCUGCGGGUGCUUCAGUACCACAGCGAGGGCAAAGACGACAGCACCAGCAAAGAAGACACAAAAGAUGAACAGCUCCAGAUGCUAGCAGAGAUCACAACUGAGUUUCUAGCUGACAUCUGCAUUCAAAUUCCCAAAGACGCAGUGGCCGAUCUAGUGAAGAAAGGUUACCUUACAGAGAAGACGUGUCUCACUGCUGCUAGAAGUUUGGUUCCCAGCUUUAAGACUUCAUUUCAGCACCUGCAGUCCGUGCUGUCAGAGUCUGAUCCCCAACUGGCAGACGUGGUGAGAAAACAGUUUCCUGUUUGAGGCGUCCAGCAGAUCAGUGUUCAGCACUCAUCCACGCUGUCACCGCUGCUUUUUAUAGCAGCCUCCAUUUCCCCUCCAAAGAUCCUGCUUCAAGUCCUGCUAUUUGGUUUCCAUCGGAAAGACUCGACAAGGAUGUCACACCAUCACAAGUGGCGGACUGUGUAACAAAAACAGUAUGUUUUUUUUCUCCUUCCCUUUUUUCUCAUAUUUUGGGCCACACUUGAACAUGUUUUUUAUUGUUCUGUGAAUUAUAUUUUUGUAUUAAAUAAUUUACAGUCUUUUAAUAA